AUGCGGCUACCCGUUGCCGACGACGGCUCAGGCUACCUCUCGACACCCAAAGCGCUCACACCCCCUGCAGCAGGUCUGCCGUCUCGGGGCCCCCACCCCCCGAGCUGUGUCUUGGCUAGCCAUCUCGUCUUUCCUGCUAUCGCGAGGCUGCCGUCCGUUUCCCUCCCUCCCAUCGCUCCAACAGUUCCCUUACCAAGCCGCACGAGACAGCAAUCUGCAAGCUUUCAAAAAAAAAAAAAACAUCCUGAGCCGGCCUUAAUAUCAAGCGGAGUGUCUAGCCGCUGGCGCAAACACCCACUGGGGCUCUUGUUCCAUCUUCCCGUCACCGGAACACCAACAGAUUCGAGUGGUGUUGGACUCUGCAUCACCCUUCCUCCAUCGCUCAUUGCGCUUCAACUAUCCGCGACUCCUUCGACUUGUCGUGACACGCUCCUUUGA